AUGUCUGAUACAUAUCGAUUUACGAAUUCAAAUGAUGAUGAUGAUGAUGAUGAUGAUGAUGAUGAAAAACAUUGGUAUCAUAUACGUUCAUCAUCACCAUCUUCAUCUCUCAAUAUUAAUAAUAAUUUUUCUCAUCAGUUGUCGCCGGCAACGAUAGGCUCAUGGGGCUUUAACGUUAAUCGCUCAACAAAUGGACAGACACUGUUAUCGUUUACAUCAAACAAUAACAACAACAACAAUGAUCAACAUAAAAUAACAAGAACAACAAAAGAUUAUAAUGAACAUCGUGUUGAUAUGUCAUCAUCAUUAUCUUCUCAAAAUUUUCAAUUACGUACACCGACAUUAACUAGACAUCAUCGUCAUGGAAAUGAAUUUGCUGCUGUUGAUCGUCUUGUUCUUGGACCAAGUCGAACUAUAAAAUCAACUUAUUAUCCAUCAGAUGAUUCAUUAUCACAACAAAUGAUAUUAAUGAAACAAUCUCGAAUAAAUCCUAAUAAUCAUCGAAAAAUACAAACAGAACAAGAACUUAUAGCUUGGCAAAAUCGAAUGCUAGAAAGAGAUCAACGAAUCGGUCAUCAAUCACCAAGAUCAAUCAAUAGAAGAAAUGGAGUUAAUUCUUCACCAUCGUCCAGUCGUCAAAUACCUUCAUCUAUUCGACCAAUAUCUGCUAUGUCAAAUAUAAGUGAAAGUCAAUAUUUUGAACAUGAUCAUCAUGAAUCAACAAUUAAAUCAGCACGAGUUAUUAAACGAUAUAUUGAAUUACUUUAUCAUUUACAAACAUAUUAUGAACGUAUAACUGAUCAAUUAUUUAAUGGAAAUAAUUUUUUAAAAACAAAUCAAUCAUCUCAAUCAAUAUUUUUUAAUCAUUGUCGAAAAUUUUCUGAACAAUUACAUAAUUUAAAACCAAUAUGGGAACAAAAAUUAGCAUAUCUUGAAAAUUUACUUAAAAAUAUAUCAUCUUUAGAAUGGUCAACAAUAAAAAGUGAGACAACAUUUUUACAACGUCGUUCAACUUUAAUUAAUUUAAUACAAACAUUAAGUACACAAAGAGAUCUUGAUGAUAUUGAUUUAUCUUUACGUACUGAUAUUGAUCGAGUAUUGUAUGAUGAUAAAUUAGCUGUUCAACUUCAAGAUGAACUUUCAACAUUACUUCAACAUCAGUCUUUAUUAAAUGAUGUAACAUCAUUAUUUCAAUGGAAUCGUCAAAUCUAUUCACCAAAUGAACAAAAUCGUAUUGAAAAUGUUUUACCUUUAUUACGUGAACAAAUUAUAACAACCGAUAGUUAUAUAUCACAUGUUAGCCAACAAUUAACUGAAUUAGUAACAAAUUUACGUUCGUUAGAAAAAUAUAUUUUAUCUUAUACAAAUACAAUACCAUUGAUUGAUGAUGGAGUGGUACCUUCACAUGGUAUGCCAUUAAAUCGUAAUCAUCGGCGACCAUAUGAUGAAAAUGAUUUAGAUUCCAUAAAAAUAAGAGAAUCUCGCCUACAAGAAUAUGAUCAAAAUGGAAGUACACAUGAUGAUCUAUCAAAAACAAGAUCUGCUUCAAUGUCUCGUAUUACUGAUUCUGAAGAAUUACACCAUCAUCGUAGUCGUGAUGAUCUACGAAUAUUAAAAAAGAAAAGCAAUAUACAUGUAAAUUCAAAUAAUAGUAAUAAUAAUGGUACAUUAACACGUCUUGCAACAGUUAAAUCUGCUAAACGUGAUAAUAAAACUCAACCAAAUAGUAUUCUCAAACCAUAUCCUCCUACACCAUCGUCGAAUGAAAGAAAAAAAAUCUUUGAUAUUAGUACAGAAACAUUCAAACCAAAUAGAGUUGGCAUUCAUGAUCGAUUUGAUGAUUGUGAUAAUGAUGAUAAACAUUUAACAAGUCAUGAACGUAUGGGAAAAAUGAAGAAAAAAGAAGAAAUACGAAGAAUGCAUUCAAAACAAAAUAUGCAAACAACAAAUCAUCAGAAUUUUAAUGAUGAUCAUAUUCGAACACAUUCUAAUCAUAGAAAAUAUAACAAAGAACAUGAAAGAGCUGUGAACUUACAAUCAAGACUUGCUGAAGAAGUAAAAGAGAAAAAUCGUCAAGUUACAGGUUAG